CACACCCGGAAGCAGAGAAUGGGAUGUUAUAGAAACGGAAGAGCAUUAUAAGAGCCGAUGGAGGUCUAUAAGGGUUCUGUAUCUUACUAUGUUUCUCAGCAGUGUAGUCAGUUGUCACCCCCAAACAACACAGACUUGAGGCCUAGCACUGCCUCUAUAACAAAAUGGCCCUUCCUCUAUUAAUUUCUGCUAUAAAAAACUAAACUUUCAACGUUCUGCAUCCCACUUUGAAGAGUAGCAUCUGGGGUCUUAAACGCUAGCAAGCAGCCAUCUAAGAUGCAUCAAUUGGCCUCAACCCACCUGGAUCAAAGGAGAAUGAAGAACACCAAGGACACGAGGCGAUUAUGAGCCCAAGAGACAGAAAGGGCCACAUGAACCAGCGACUACAUCAUCCUGAGACCAGAAGAACUAAAUGGUGCCCGGCUACAACUGAUGACUGCCCUGAUAGGGAACACAACAGAAAACCCCUGAGGGAGCAGGAGAGCAGUGGAAUGCAGACCCCAAAUUCUCAUAAAAAGACCAGACUUAAUGGUCUGAUUGAGACUAGAAGGACCUCGGUGGUCAUGGCCCUCAGACCUUCUGUUGGCCCAGAACAGGAACCAUACCCGAAGCCAACUCUUCAGACAUGGAGUGGACUGGACAAUGGGUUGCAGAGGGAUGCUGGGUUUUCUAUUGUGGUAAUGUCAAUAUGGCCAUAUCUCCAAAAGAUUGAUCAGACAGCCGAUGCAAGUUUUCUGGGCUGGGUUAUUGCUUCGUUUAGUAUUGGCCAAAUGGUAGCUUCACCUAUGUUUGGUUUAUGGUCUAAUUAUAGACCAAGAAAAGAACCUCUUAUUGUCUCCAUCUUCAUUUCGGUGGCAGCCAACUGCCUCUAUGCAUAUGUCCACAUCCCACCUUCUCAUAAUAAAUACUACAUGCUGGCUGCUCGUGGACUGGUGGGAUUUGGAGCAGGAAAUGUGGCAGUUGUCAGGUCAUAUAUUGCUGGUGCUACUUCCCUUCAGGAAAGAACAAGUGCCAUGGCCAACACAAGCGCAUGUCAAGCAUUAGGUUUUAUUCUUGGUCCAGUCUUUCAGACUUGUUUUGCACUCAUCGGUGAAAAGGGCGUGACAUGGGAUGCCAUUGAACUGCGUAUAAACAUGUACACAGCACCUGUUUUACUUGGCGCCUUCCUGGGAGUUUUAAAUAUUAUUCUGAUACUUACUAUUUUAAGAGAACAUCGUGUGGAUGACUCAGGACGACUGUAUAAAAGUAUUAAUUUUGGAGAAGCAAGUACGGAUGAAGUUCAAAUUCCCCAAGGAAAUAUUGACCAAGUUGCUGUUGUAGCCACCAAUAUUCUAUUUUUUGUGGUUCUAUUUAUCUUUGCCCUUUUUGAAACCAUCGUUACUCCAUUAACAAUGGAUAUGUAUGCCUGGACUAGAGAACAAGCUGUUUUAUAUGGUGGAAUAAUACUUGCAGCCCUUGGAAUUGAGGCAGUUCUUAUUUUCAUGGGGGUUAAAUUACUUUCCAAAAAGGUCACCAUGAGUCAGAAUUGCUUCGAUGGCAAUGGAUUUUGUUUGGUUUUUUGGAUUGGCGAGCGUGCUAUUCUACUGGGAGGACUCACCGUUGUAUGGGUUGGAUUCUUUAUCUUGUUGCCCUGGGGAAAUCAGCUUCCCAAAAUACAGUGGGAAGGUUUACAUAAUAAUUCAAUCCCUAUUGUCACGUUUGGGGAAAUUAUUAUUAAUUUCUGGAUGUCUUCAAGAGAAGAUCACUGUGAAGAACCAACUGGCUGCCCAAUUGAACAAGCCUGGUGCCUUUACACCCCUGUGAUCCAUCUGGCCCAGUUCCUCACAUCAGCCAUGCUAAUUGGAAUGGGUUAUCCAGCCUGCAACGUUAUGUCCUAUACAUUAUAUUCAAAAAUUCUAGGACCAAAACCACAGUUGCCUCAUAUGCAUGCGAAAGCUGGAUAAUGAAUAAGGAAGACCAAAGAAGAAUUGACGUCUUUGAGUUGUGGUGUUGGUGGAGAAUAUUGAAUAUACCAUGGACUGCCAAAAGAACAAACAAGUAUCCACAGAAGUGAAGAUAGUGAGACUUUGUCUCACGUAUUUUGGACAUGUUAUCAGGAGGGACCAAUCCUUGGAGAAGGACAUCCUAUUGGUAAAGUGGAGAUUCAGUGAAAAAGAGGAAGACCCUCAAUGAGAUGGAUUGACACAGUGGCUGCAACAAUGGACUCAAGCAGAGCAACAAUUGUGAGGAUGGCGCAGGAUGGGGCAGUGUUUCAUUCUGUCGUGCAUAGGGUUGCUAUGAGUCGGAACCCGCUCGAAGGCACCUAACAACAAUUUCAUCUAGCCCUAGAGAAAAUUACUAAGAGAGGAAAACUCAACAGUCUUAAAAGUUUAUAGCAGCUAUGUGUAUUUUAAAAUAACGUUUAUUAUAAAAAAAAAAUUCUACAUUAUAUAAAAAUUAGAAAAAAUAUAGAAGCAAAAUGAAGAAAAAUAUCACACAGAUGACUACUACUAACAUUAUUCUUCCAAUUCCAGUUUUAUGUAUGCCUGUCUGAACGUGUGUGUUUUUUACACGAAAAUAGGAUUACAUCAUGUAUACUAUUUUGUAAUCUAAUUUAAAAAAAAAAAUAUAUAUAUAUAUGUUGUGAAUAUUUUCCCAUGACAUUUAACUUUCUUUUAGAGAAUUUUUUUUAAUGGAGACAUUGUAUUUCAUUUUAUAUAUGUACCAUCAUUUAUUCAGUCAUUCUCCAACUUAAUGCACAUUUAGGUUAUUUCCAGAUUUUGCUUCUCUUUUUUUAGUAGCAGUUAUUUAAAUGUCCACAAAAUAAAAAUGUUACCUUCCUCUUUAAAAAUUAAAUUGAUACCUCAGAAUAUAUCCUAGAGAAAUAAGAGCCAUCACAUGAAUAGACAUAUGCACACCCAUGUUCACUGCAGCAUUAUUCACAAUAGCAAAAAGAUUGAAACAGCCUAAGUGCCCAUCAACAGAUGAAUGAUUAAACAAACUUAAAACAAAAAAAAAAAAAUGGUACAUACACACAAUGAAAUACUAUGCAAUGAUAAAGAACAAUGAAGAAUUCUGCAAAAUAUCUCACAACAUGGAUAUAUCUGGAGGGCAUUAUGCUGAGUGAAAUAAGUUAAUCACAAAAGGGCAAAUACUGUUAGGAGAUGACUAUUAUAAAAACCCAAGAAAAGACUGACACACAGAGAAAACAAUCUUCGGUGGUUACAAGGGAGGGGAAUGGUGGGAAGGGGAAAUCACACACUAGAUAGUACAAAAACCCAUUGCCAUAGAGACAAUUUCAACUCAUAGUGACCCUAUAGGAUGGUAGAACUGCCCAACAGGGUUUCCAAGGAGUGCCUGGUGGAUUCAAACUGCCAACAUUUUGGUUAGCGGCCGUAGCUCUUUUUUUUUUAAACAAGUAAAUGAAUAUAUAUAAUAUAUAUAUGUAUGUAUGUAUGUAUAGUGCUUUACGUGAAAGUUUAUAGCUCAAGUUAGUUUCUCAUACAAAAAUUUAUACACAGAUUGUUAUGUGACCCUAGUUGCUCUCUCUGUAAUGUGACAGCACACUCCUCCUUUCCACCGUGGAUUUCCUGUGUCCAUUCAACCAUCUCCUGUCCCUUUCUGCUUCCCAUCUCGUCUCUGCCCAUUUAGUCUCAAGUAUCUACUUGAACUAAGAAGUGCACUCUUCACAAGUAUUAUUUUAUGUCUUAUAGUCCAGUCUAAUCUUUGUCUGAAGAGUUGGCUUCAGGAAUAGUUUUAGCUCUGGGUUAACAGAGAGUCCGGGGACCAUGUCUUACAGGGUUCCUCCAAUCUCAGUAAGACCGUUAAGUCUAGUCUUUUUACUAGGAUUUGAGUUCUGCAUCUCACUUUUCUCCUGCUCCAUCAGGGACUCUCUGUUGUGUUCCCUGUCAGGACAGUCAUUGGUGGUAGCCGGGUACCAUCUCGUUUUUCUGGUCUCAGGCUGAUAGAGUCUCUGGUUUAUGUGGCCCUUUUUGUCUCCUCGGCUAAUAUGUUCCUUGUGUCAUUGGUAUUCUUCAUUCUCCUUUGCUCCAGGUGGGUUGGGACCAAUUGAUGCAUCUUAGAUGGCCACUUUCUAGCUUUUAAGACCCCAGAUACCAGUCACCAAAGUGGGAUGCAGAACAUUUUCUUAAUAAAAUUUGUUAUGCCUAUUGCCCUAGAUGUCCCCUGAAACCAUGGUCCUCAGACGUCUACCCCUGCUACUCUGUCCCUUGAAGUGUUUGGUUUUAUUCAGGAAAUUUCUUAGCUUUUGGUUUAGUCCAGUUAUGGUGACUUCCCUUGUAUUGUGUGUUGUCCUUCCUUCACCUAAGAUAAUUCUUACGCCUCUCCUUCUCUCCGUACUCUCAUAACCAUCAAAGAAUGUUUUGUCCUGUGUUUAAACCUUUUCUUGAGUUCUUAUAAUAGUGGUCUCAUACAAUAUUUGUCCUUUUGUGACUGAUUUCAACUCAGCAUAAUGCCUUCCAGAUUCAUCCAUGUUAUGAGAUGUUCUGCAGAUUCAUCAUUGUUCUUUAUUAUUGCAUACUAUUCCACUGUGUGAAUAUACCAUAAUUUGUUCAUCCAUUCUUCCAUUGAUGGGCACCUAGGUUGUUUCCAUCUUUUUCCUAUAGCUGCCGUAGCUCUUAACCACUAUACCACCAGGGUUUCCAACUAGAUAGUAGACAAGUGUUAACUUUGGUGGAAGGCAAAGACAACAUACGAUAUAGGGUAAGUUGUACAACUUGACCAAGGCAAAGCCAUAGAAGUUUCCUAAAUACAUCCAAACACCUUGAGGGACCGAGUUACUGGGGCUGAGGGCUGGGGACCAUGGUCUUGAGGGACAUUUAGGUCAAUUGGUAUAACAGUUUAUAAAGAAAAUGUUCUACAUUCUACUUGGGUCAGUAGCAUCUAGGGCCUUAAAAGCUUGUAAGCAGACAUCCAAGAUAUGUUUAUUGGUCCCAUCCUGUCCAGAGCAAACAAUGAAGAAAUCCAAAGACAUAAGGAAAAUAUUAGUCCAGAGGACUAAUGGACCACAUGAACCGCAGCCUCCACCUGCCUGAAUCCAGAAGAAUUAGAUGGUAUCCAGCUACCACCACCAACUGCCCUGACAGGGAUCACAAUAGAGGGCCCAGGACAAAGCAAGAGAAAAACAUAGAACAAAGUUCAAAUUCACAAAAAAGAUCAGAUUUACUGGUCUGACAGAGAAUGGAUGAACCCCCAAGGAUAUGGCCCCUGGACACCCUACUAACUCAGAACUAACACCACUCCCAAAGUCUACCUUUCAGCCAAAGAUUAGACAGGCUGUCAUGGAUUGAAUUAUGUCCACCCAAAAAUGUGUGUAUCAAUUGUGCUGGGCCAUGAUUUCCAUAUUAAGUGAUUUUCCUAUGUGUUGCAAAUCCUGCCUCUGUGAUGUUAAUGAGGGAAGAUGGGUGGCAGUUGUGUUAGUGAGGCAGGACUCAACCUACAGGAUUGGAUUGUGUCUUGAGGAAGUCUCUCGAGAUAUAAAAGAUAGAAGCAAGCAGAGAGAUGGGGGACCUCAUACCACCAGGAAAGCAGCACCAGGAGCAGAGCACGUCCUUUGGAUCUGGGGUCCCUGCACCUGAGAAGCUCCUCAAGCAUGGGAAGAUUGAGGACAAGGACUUUCUUCCAGAGCUGACAAAGAAAACCUUCCCCUGGAGCCGACACCUUGAAUUUGGACUUUCAGCCUACUCUACUGUGAGGAAAUAAAUUUCUUUGUUAAAGCCAUCCACAUGUGAGUAUUUCUGUAAUAGCAGCACUAGAUGACUAAAACAAAAUUUAGUACCGAGAGAGUGGGAUGCUGCUCUAACAGAUACCGAAAAUGUGGAAGUGGUUUUGAAACUGUGACUGGAUAGAAUUGCGACAGCGGCAGAGGACCAGCGCAGCAGAGAAUCUGCAGCAGCAGAGAAGUGGCAGCGACAGAGAAGCAGCAGCAACAGAACCAGGAGAGCCAACCAGAGCAAGAGAGCUGAGAGCCUGUGCGCAGGAGGCUUCCUGGUAAAGUGGGGUGCCUUCAGGCACUUAUUGGUGGAGCUACAGAGCUUCGAACACUUGCCUCAGCA